AUGUUGACAUCCUCUUCAACUUUGUUGCACUUUAAAGGCCUACUAGGGGUACACAGAUAUGUAUGUAGUAGAUGUAAUGCCACUCAUGUCAGGGAUAUCUCUCGAGCGUGCUCACGUACGCGCGCGAGCGAUGCGUGCGUGCAUGGAUCCACGCACUUUUUUUCUCUCUCUUUACAGGUUCCAGCCCAGUACAACACUCAGUAUGCCGUGAACGACGAAUACUCAGGUAACAACUAUGGGCAUCAAAAGGACCGCGACGGCUACAAGACUCAGGGAACGUACUAUGUGCAGCUCCCCGAGGGCCGUCUGCAGAAGGUCACCUACUACGUGGAUGGCGAGUCCGGCUACGUGGCAGAGGUCACCUACGAAGGGGAAGCACAGUAUCCAGCUUAUCAGCCCUCUCUGUCAACUUCUUAUCAGCCUGCUCCAUCACCGUCUUACGCUUAA